AAAAGCAAAUGUGCAGAAAAUAAUAGAGAAGAUGAAUUCCACAGAACGGAAAUUCAAGCAGACUCAGAUCCAAAAGGAAGAAGCAUCAAGUGAAAGGGAGAGCAAGGUUUCAGGUAACAAGGAGUCGCAAAAGCAAAUUGAAACUGGUCAGAUGAAAGAGUUUGAACCCAGGUAUAAGAAGCCAAAGAAACAAAAACCCAUCCAAAAAUGGAAGCAGAAUGUCAGGAACAGUGGGCCAAUAGAUCAUAAUGCCAGGAGCAGUAGGCGAAGGAAACAGAAUGCCAGGAACAGUGGGCCAAGUAAUCAGAAUGCUAGCAACAGUGGGCCAAGUAAUCAAAUGAGUUCCCAAAAUCAGAUGCAGAAUACUGGGAACAGUGGGCCAAGCAAUCAAAUGAGUUGCCAAAAUCCAAUGCAGAAUAUUGGGAAUAAUGGGCCAAGUAAUCAAAUGAGUUGCCAAAAUCUGAUGCAGAUAAUACUGGGAACAAUGGCCAACAAUCUGAUGCAGAAUAUGUGGAACAUAGGGUCAAAUAAUCAAAUGUUUUUCAGAAAUCUAAUGCAGAAUAUCAGGAACUUAGGACCAAAUAAUCAGAUGCUAGGGCCAAAUAACCUGAUAAAUCCAUCGCAGAGACCCUUCAGCAAUGGGCCAAAUAAUCGUAAACCUUUCCCUAAUGCAGGAAACAGUGAAGAGAAAUGGAAACCAAAAGAAAAAAAGGCUAUCAAUGUAGAAGAAGUUAAAGAAGGUUUCAAAGGUUUCAAAGGUUCAUCGGUGUUGAAGCAUAAGGGAAAAAGAAAAGUUCCAAAAGUGUUGAAUAAGAAACACAGUCAUUGA